GGCCCCUCCUGGUUCCUGCCCCGCCCCAUUUGGCGGCGCGGCGGUUGGCGCCUCCGCUGUCAGUGUCCGAGCGUGCGGCGGCGGCGGCGGCGGCGGCGGCAGCAGCGCUUCAGCCCGCUCCGGAGCUGGGCGGCGAGAGCGGGGACACCCCAGGCCUGCUGCAAGAGAGCUGCUCCAGGAGCAAGGAGGACUAAUCCUGGGAGAAGCCAGGCCUACUGGAUGAGCAGACUGUCCCGGGAGAAGCCUGGAGUUGAUAGGCGCUAGGUCUGACGAGUGAGAGCCAUCCUGAUUGCUGCUGGGAUUUAUGUUCUGCUUGGACAUACUCUCUCGGGAAAAUCCAUGAUUGAACGGAUGCUGUUGAUUUAAACUGGGAUAAAAGAAAAAAAAUCCUUACGUAGCCUAUCGUAUCCAACAGGCCUGGGAUAGAUCAUCACUCAACUCUAGAAAGAGAGCUGUGGUGGAAAUAAAUUGGGCCAAACGAAGAGAGAUUCUGGCAAUUUUUUGAGUCAAAGAAGAGUUGCUGAUAAAGUGAUCUGGAAAUCCCAACGAUAAACUGAGAUUUGCUGAAGUGCAUAAAAAGAAACCUUGAUCAAAACUGAGUCAAAACCAAAAUUUGGAUUAAAUGAGACUUUUUGGAUUAAACUGAGAAAUGUGCCCUGGGUAAAGAUACUAACCCUGGGAGAGAGCAGACAAGAAAAACCAUUUCAGGUGGUAAAACUACUGCAGUUUUGUGCUGCUGAGGUGGGAAUAGAGGAAUGGAUAAUGGGUGUUCUACCACAUUUUUUUUUAAGGAGUGCUAGCAAGAAGCAAAGAAAGGGCUAGGUUACCUGAUACCUGGCAGAGUCCAGGUCUGUUAGUCUCCAGCUGAAUAAGGUGUCCCUGUUUGGCAUGUUUUUUAUAUUUUGUACUGUAAUAGAGGAUUGUGGCCUGUGGGGCUUUAUUUAAUUCUGGGUUUUUAAAAAUUCUUCUCUGCAUCUUUAAAAGAAUGUGCAUUAGUGUCUUUGCAAAUAUCUUGCUCUUUAAAGGUAUCUGAUUAAAAUGCAUGUUGUUUGAAAUUUAAAUUAAAGCGUUAAGUUGUCACAUGCAUAGACACUUAGUUGACCAAAAAAAAAAUCAUUUUAAACAAGUUUGGUUUAUUUUAGUAUGGCUAAACGGUUUGGAAUCUGCAAGUGGGUUGAAGCUGUGCUUGACUGCGAAUAGUUAAAACUUGGAUGCUGCAGCAUUUUGAGCCCUAGAGACGCUGCUGGUAAAUCAUUCAUGAAAUUUUUUUUACUUUUUAAUACCAAAAAUGUUAGAUAUUUUUAUCUUAACUAGUCUUUAAAAAUACAAGACUUGAGAGAACUUUCUUCAGGGCUAGGGAGACUAAUUUAAAAAUUGUUUUAUUUGGAGAUAAAUUUAAUUGUGAGGCUGGUUUUUGGGAGAAACCAUAGACUUAGGGCAAAAUUUCAGCUUAUGCUGGAGGGGGGGAAAAGAACCUCAAAGUAUCUCCAUCCUUUACUUCUGUAGCCUUUGGAUUUAAUCGGGUACCGCUCCUGGGAUAUCAGACACUUUACUUCCUACACCAUUUUGGGAUAUAAAGGUGCAGAGUGAACUAAGAAACUUGAACAUAUCCAUUGGGGACUGAUGCUGAGGAGGAGCUGACAUACAAAGGGAUAAAGGCCGUAAUAUUACACAGAAAUGGAUGUGUGGUCAAGAGUAGCAGUGUGGAUCCUGUGUGGUUUUCUUCUGCACCAAGGACAGGGGGAGAGGCCCCCAGGUACCUUUUUGGAUGAAACUGCAAUUGCAGAGUUCUGUCGAAUUGAUGAGCCCUUGUGCCACCUCGAAGAUGAGCAGCUCAGCUUUGAAGCUGUCUGCAAUAUCCACAAGCAGAUGGAUGAUGACGCCAAUGGCAACGUGGAUGUAGAGGAGAGCGAUGAGUUCCUGAGGGAAGACUUAAAUUAUCAUGACCCAACAGUCAAACACAGCACCUUCCAUGGGGAGGAUAAACUCAUCAGCGUGGAAGAUCUCUGGAAGUCAUGGAAAACAUCCGAAGUGUAUAACUGGACAGUUGAUGAGGUGGUGCAGUGGCUAAUCACCUAUGUGGAACUGCCACAGUAUGAAGAAACCUUCAGGAAACUGCAGCUAAGUGGACAUGCCAUGCCCAGGUUAGCGAUAAACAACGCCACCAUGAUGGGAACUGUACUGAAAAUGACUGAUCGGAGCCACAGGCAGAAGCUGCAGCUGAAAGCCCUGGACACAGUGCUGUUUGGACCUCCUCUCUUAACUCGUCAUAACCACUUAAAGGAUUUCAUGUUGGUGGUGUCCAUUGUCAUUGGAGUGGGUGGCUGCUGGUUUGCCUACAUCCAGAACCGCUACUCAAAGGAGCACGUGAAGAGGAUGAUGAAAGACCUAGAAGGGCUUCAUAGAGCUGAGCAGAGUCUACACGACCUUCAAGAAAGGCUGCAGAAGGCCCAGGAGGAACACCGCACGGUGGAAGUGGAGAAGGUGCAUCUGGAGAAGAAGCUCCAAGACGAGAUCAGCAUCGCCAAGCAAGAGGCACACCGGCUGCGGGAGCUGCGCGAGGGGACGGAGAACGAGCUGAGCAGACAGAAGUACGCUGAGCAGGAGCUGGAGCAGGUCCGAAUGGCGCUGAAGAACGCAGAGAAGGAGCUUGAAUCCCACUGCAGCUGGGCCGCACCAGAGGCCUUGCAGAAAUGGCUCCAGCUGACCCACGAAGUGGAGGUCCAGUACUACAACAUCAAGAAACAGAAUGCGGAGAAGCAGCUGCUGGUGGCCAAAGAGGGGGCUGAAAAAAUUAAAAAGAAGCGAAACACCCUCUUUGGAACAUUUCAUGUUGCUCACAGCUCAUCCCUAGACGACGUUGAUCAUAAAAUCUUAACUGCAAAGCAAGCCCUGAGCGAAGUGACGGCCGCACUGCGGGAGCGCCUACACCGCUGGCACCAAAUCGAGCUGCUGUGUGGCUUCCAGAUUGUCAACAACCCAGGCAUCCACACGCUAGUGACAGCCCUGAACAUCGAUCCCAGCUGGGUGGGCACCUCCCGGCCCAACCCAGCGCACUUCAUCAUGACUGAUGAUCUGGACGAUCUGGACGAAGAGAUUGUCUCUCCCAUGUCCAUGCAGUCUGCCCCCUUGCCGAGCGGUGUCCGCCAGCGCGUCGUGGACCCGCAGCACUCCCUCGGAUCUCAGAGGUUGGUAGAGAGUUACGUGCAUGGCCAGAACGAGCCGGGCCAGCCUGCCCAUUACCUGACAGGCAGAGUUGCUCUUCGUCGAAUGCACAGCCUCACUUCUGGACAGUCUUUUAGUUCCGACGCUCAUGGAACCAGCCCAGCAUCCGCCACCACCGCCUCUUCCACCUCUUGCUCCUCCACCGCCACCACCACUGCAUCUUCUCCUGCUUGCCAUGCCCACCCUAUCUAUUACCAUCACACCUCCUCCUCUUAUAUCCUCCAGAUGGACACCGCCCCCGACCUGCCCCCUCCUGACGUCACCUCGGGGAUUCGCUGUCACGCUGAGAGCUUUGGAGACCUAAGUCGUUCCGACUCCGAUUCCUCCUUCCUGUACAUGAGCGACCAGCAGCGCAUCCCAGGCUCUGCUCCCAAGCUCCUGGCCGCCAGGCAUCCCAUGCUGACCCGGUCCACAGAGGAGGCUGCUUCAGGCCACCCUGCCGGCUGCGCCCCGACCUCCAACGGAGGCAGCAGGCACAGCGAGGCCUCCUCGCUGGGGGCUUUGCAGGAGCGGCUGGCCGAGAGCCCGGUGGUGGCGAAGAAGAUGAUGAUGCUGAACCAUGGUAUGGAGAAGUCCGCCAGCCUCGGGGAGAUCAGGCACUCCGAUUCCUCCCGCUCACACAGCCCCAGCUCCACCGAGCCCGACACGCCCUCCCCCAUCUCUGACUCCAGGCCCGGCAACGCUAAGAACACCCGCAUCCCACAGCUGGCCGCCAAGAAGAACGCCGGGGAAGAGGACAGCGGCUCCACGGGCGAGGAGACUGACUCCAGCCAGGGCAAGAAAAAGUUCCCCCUAAAGAUCUUCAAAAAGCCCAAGAAGUAGGAGGAGGAGGAAAGCCGGCCACCAACCCAAUCCAUUGGGCAGGGAGGGGCGGGGCACAGAGCCACAAGCGAGGGCACCCUUCCCACCCCUUCCAGGAGCCACAUGGGUGGGAUGCUUGCGACUGCCCACCCCCUCCCCGCCCCCAGACACCCUCUGCCUCCUAAUCAAGUUGUGUAAAAUCCGCAGGGGGAGGAGCUCUUUAAACGUAUUUAUUUCCUGACGUGGAAACCAGCCGCCCCUUCUCCCUCCCUCCAGUUCAGUAGCCCCCUGCUUUGCUGUGCAUGGCUUCUCAUGCCUUCCGAGAGCCCCUGCCUCCGCUCGGCCACAUGGCAGUUCGGGUUUGUUUAACGGUCUUUGAUUUUCCCCCUUUCGGCUUCUUUGGGACUCCUGCACGCAUGGCUCCUGAUCGGCUUGAGAACCCGCCCAGGGGAGGGGUCCCUCUGGGCCGGACCCGCCGCUUGCAUCUAUGCACCCCCAGGGCUUUGGCCUUCCUCUCGCCUGGGCCGGGGCAGCGGCUCCGGGAGGUCAGGGCCGAGUCCUGGCUACUCAGGGUUGAAUCCGCUGCGAUCUCUUAGGGGUAGCUGCCUGGUGCGUGUCUUUGCACCUCUCUCGGGUGGGCAGCGAAGGGCACUUUGGGACAGGUGCCCCGUGGCUGGGGUGACUGGGGAGAGAGGAUGGGGCUUCUGCGGUUUUGGCAGGGGAAAGCAGAAGGCGCGUGCCAGCUCGCGGGGCCAGGGCUUUGUGGGGAGAGAGCAGGGCCUGGCCGCUGGUGCUGCAUUCAGGAACCGUGGCCAAGUCUAUUCUAGGCAGUGUUUGUUUCUUUAGCUGGCUGCAGCCUGCUGGGUUUGUUUCUGAAGCAGGGCCUGCUCCGUGAGGAUCCCCCAGCAGGCCCUGCCCUGUCUCAGCCUUCCCAGCCUCAGCAGCACGAGCUUCCCUCGGCCAGGGCCAGGCCCUGGGCAAAGGCAGUCGGGUGUGGGGGAGGCAGGUGCUGCGAACCCCAGAGCAGCUCCCACCAGGCCGGAGGGCCGCAAGCCAUUUGGGGACAGCCGGGCACCUUCAUUGAGCUGCCUGGGUGAGUCGGGCCAGGAUCAGGGCCAGAGGCUGGGCUGCAGAUCAGGGCCGUUCCCGGGGCCUGGACCCAGCGGGGUUGGGGAAUGAGAAUUCCCCUCAGGGGCAGGAUACCUGGGGGAGGGGCUGAAAUGGCUGGAAGAGGAGUCGGCCCUGCUGUGCCAGGCCGUGUCCAGUUCCAGCAGCCAGCCGAG